AUGUCUUAAGCAAAAAUUCUAACUAAAAGUGAUACAAACAAUAUAUAUAAAUGGCUUGUUUUAGCUAGCUUUUCUUUAAACUCGUAAUAAUUAUAUUAAAAAUUAGAAUCUCUAAUAUCUUUAUCUUCAGCGCAUUGGCUCCAAUUUGGUCAUCUGUUGCAAAAUAUUAUAAUGUCACAGAUUAUGAUCUAAAUUGGUUUUCAAGUAUGUAUUUCAUUUCAUUAUUCACAUCAACAUUUGGUUUCAACCCAUUAAUUUUGAAAUAUUUUGGAUAUUCACAAAUCUUUAGUUGUAUUUUUACAACAUCAGGACUUUGGAUAUUAUUAAUUUCUGGAGGUAAUUUUACAAUGGGAUUAUUGUGUUUUUGUCUAUUAGGGCUAGGAGAAUCUCUUUAUUAUUAAGUGCCCUUACGUAAAAUCAAUUUAAAUAAAUUUAAGAUUUAUCAAAAAUCUGGUUUCCUCAUGAAGAACGUGCUCUUACAACAUUUAUAGGAUAAUAUUCAAGUAAUGUUGGAAUUUUAUUGGCAUAUAUUAUUUCAUUUGUUUAUUUUUAUGAAGUGGUAAUUUAAGAUUGUAAUUUUAGAUAGAUGAAAUUGAAUUUAAAACAAAAUAUGAAAAUAUUAUAUAAUCCAAUGCAAUUUUUGCAUCUUUAGUUUUAGUUUGCAAUCUUAUUACUCUUAAGAAACCAAUAAAUUAAAAAGAUUCUAUUUAAAUAAGAGAUCCUCUUUGGUUAUCAAUCAAAAAGAUAUGUACUGCUGAAGAAUCAUUAUUAGAUUUAUUAUCUUUUUCAGUUUGUAAGACUAUAAUAUAAUUUUAGUAAUUGGUGUAGGUUGGAGUUAUUCAACUCUUUUUAAUAUUUAGUAAUAUAGUAUUGGAUAUACAGCAAUAGAAUUAUUUGAAACAAAUGUUUGUUAUUAAGUUGGGGGAAUUUCUAUUGCUUCUAUUUAUACUUGGAAGUUGUAUUCUUAAUCAAAACAUGGACUUUAAUAGAGCUAUGAUAAAUACAUGAAAUUAAUAGUUUCAAUAGGAUUUUGGUCAUUAGCCAUAGAAAUUAUUAUUUUUGACUAAGUUCCAUUUUGGAUAUUGCAAAUUUUAAAUUUUUUAAUUGGUUGUGGAUUUGGAGGAUAUUAUUCAAUAUUACUUGAAUCACUUUAGGAAAAACACUUUCCUGCAUAAGAAUUAGCGAUAGGAAGUGUUCUUUGUGGAGUAGCAUGUGUAAACAUUUUUUAAUUGUAAGAUCGCUUCAGUGUUAGUCAUAAUGAUUUUAGGAUUACCUGAAUUUUAAAAAUAUGGAUUUCAAAUUUCUUGUUUUCUAAUAAUAAUGCCUUUUUGUUUUAUUGUUGUAUUUUACAAAACUUCAUUCAAAAGAUUUGAAUAAGAAGCUUGA